AUGCCGGAAUACAAUAUCAAAGGACUCAAAGUGUUGUUUCCUUACGACGCCUAUAGUUGUCAACGAACUCUAAUGGAAAAACUUAUUACCAGUUUACAGUCAAAUACAAAUGCGCUGCUUGAAAGUCCAACUGGGACUGGGAAGACGUUAUGUCUACUAUGUGCCACUCUUGCUUGGCGAGAAGCCUAUAUGGCACGUCGACAGUUUGAGUAUCACGCAAGAGAAAAUAAAGAAAGCGAUAAAUUUAAUAAAGAAUUGCUGAGCAAUUUGAAUGCUGCAGUUUCUACUUUGCCAAAUUCAGAAAAUUAUUCGCGGCCACCACCAAUAAUAUAUUAUGCUUCCCGAACACAUUCUCAAUUAUCUCAAGCUAUUAACGAUCCAAGAAUAUGUGUACUUGGAUCACGAGAACAAUUAUGCAUCCAUCCUACAGUAAAUAAAAUUAAAUCUAAUGCCGCACGAACUGCUGUGUGUCGUGACAAGAUUAAGAAAAAACGGUGUCAAUACAUACAAGGAGUUGAUACUGCCAAAAUUCUACCAGAUUUUGAUGGUGAAGUUUUGGACAUUGAAGAUCUUAUUAAAUUUGGCAAAAAGAACGUAGCAUGUCCUUAUUUUCUUUCCCGAGAAAAUCAAAAUAAUGCCGACAUCAUUUUCCUUCCAUACAAUUAUCUAAUCGAUGCCAGUUCACGUAAAGCUCAGAAUCUUAAUUUGGACAAUGCUAUUUUGAUAUUUGACGAAGCGCAUAAUCUUGAAAGCAGUUGCAGUGAAGCAACCUCAUUUGAGAUCACUUCAGAUGAUUUACAGGCUUGUAUAUCUGAGGCUCGCUACUGUGCUGAAAAGGCUCGGUCACCACUACAUACUAGCGAUAUUACCGAGGAAGAUUAUAUUCUCUUGAGAGGCAUUUAUCUUGUUUGGUAUUUGGAAUUUUUUCUCAAGUUUCUAACAGAAAUCAAUAAUGUGGUUUUUCCCUAUUCGUCCAUUGAAAUCAAUAAACCUGGGGAAUGGAUAUAUGAAUUAUUUGGAAAGGCGAAUUUAGAUUCUGGAACUUUUGACCAUGUGCGCAAUAUCAUGGAGGCUGCAAAUGAAAUUCUUAUGACAGAUGAUUUUGACAAGAAACGCAACAGUCGAGAUGCAACGCAUCAUCUACUGUUUUCUUUAAAAAUCAUGUUCGGUGAUACCUUGGGCAAUGAUAAGACUGAGAGGACGAAUAAUGCAAAAUACUACAGAACUUUUAUUGUUAAUUUAGAAAGAACAUUGAGCUUUUGGUGUUUUAGCCCGGGUCUAGCAAUGAGGGAUUUGACGGGUGGAAAUUGUCGGUCUAUUAUUCUUACUAGUGGAACAUUAGCACCGUUACCUUCCUUUGCAACAGAACUGCAGGUCGAUUUUAAGGUACAAUUCGAAGGACCUCACGUUAUAUCCUCAGAUCAAGCAUUAGUUGGAGUUAUAAAGAAAGGACCAACCGGAAUCGCGUUAAAUUCAAGCUAUAAUUCACGAAACAAUGCAAAUUAUCAACAAGAAUUAGGAAGGACAAUAGUCAAUUUUAGUCGGUUUAUUCCUGAUGGUCUGAUUGUUUUCUUUCCUUCUUAUGGGGUAAUGAACGAUUGUAUUAAAAAUUGGCAGCGUCCGACACCAGGAAAUAAUCCACGUCUUUGGGAUAUUCUAACACAAAAUAAGGAACCGGUCAUCGAAUCAAAAAAUAAACAAGAGUUUAUCGAUACAAUGGCACGUUUUGACAAGAAAAUUUUGGAACGAGGACGAGGGUCUAUUUUCUUUGCCGUCUGUCGUGGUAAAGUAUCAGAAGGCAUUGACUUUACGGACGCCAAAGGCAGAGCGGUUAUCAUCACUGGCAUUCCAUAUCCACCAUUUCGUGAUCCAAAAGUUACCCUAAAGCGCGAAUAUUUAGACGGCGCGCGUAAACAGAGUCUUAAUAAAUCAAUGUGCAUUUCUGGAGACGACUGGUACAAACAACAAGCUACUCGAGCUGUCAAUCAAGCUUUGGGAAGAGUGAUACGCCAUCAUAAAGAUUUUGGGGCUAUACUUUUGUGUGAUGAAAGAUUUGCCGCUCCCCCUACUAUUGCUCAAUUACCAGUAUGGAUUCGACCCCUUGUCAAGGUUUAUGAUAACUUUGGACAGAUUCAUGGACAGAUUCAUAAUUUCUUUCAAGAAAUGAAUCUUAAGAUGAAUGAAGUAGAUGUCAAGAAAACUGCCGAGCGAAAUUCUUCAUCCACUACAUCUAUCUAUCUGGAUCGAUUAUCGGUUCACACCAGUAAAAAUUCAAUAAAUGAGCAACAACCAUUAGCCCAUAAAAAACUAAAACAUCAAAGGAUCGAGUAUGAAUCAGAAAUCACCACUACGUCUACUAGCAGCCUAAAAUCCUCAUCACAAACAAAUUCCAGAAAAAAGUCAAAAUUAGAUGAAAACGAAUCUUGGACGACGACAACUGUCAAAAGUGAAAAAAGUAGUGCUGAUACUAUUAGUAGCACAACAGCAAGUUUGCGCACCGCCAAAAUCACAAGCAAGAAAGUGGUUAAGCGCAAUGCACUUGGCAUGCUCAUUGAAAAGAAAUAA